ACAUGACGUAUAUAUAGGUAGUUCUUAAAACUUUAAAGCGCUGUGUACAUAUUUUUAUAAAGUCAAAUUCGCUUAUAACUAUGACGGAUGCCUAAAUACAACGAUAUUCUCGGUAUAAUGAUUUCCAAAUAAAUUACUAUUAUACCUACAUUUUAGCAGGUAUAAUUAUAUAAUCAUGGUGAAUACCCAAUUUUCUUUUAGUUGAAUUCGUGGAAUGUUGGAUUACGUCCGAUCAGACAGGCUAUCACGAAGUCUAUGGGUUUAACGAUAUGAUUAUCUGGGUCCCUCGAAGAUCAUUAUAAGCAAAUCCAUCUGACCAUCUGCAUAUUUAAAUUACGAAUAAUAUACUUUCAUUUGGAUAUAACUUUCUUAUUACCUACGGAUAUCGAUAUGAAGUGCUUUUACUUACUUCUUAUGCUCUUGCUAUUACAAGUUGUGUAUUAUAAACAGAUAAUUGCCCGAGACGCUAUAAUAAAUAUGAAACAAUCAUUUUUUCAACCAUUGGAUGAACUUCUGCCAUCGUGUCACAGUAAAAUUUACUGCAAUAGCGAAUUUUUGCACGAUGUACAAAUAUAUUGCAAUCACCCAAACUGUACAAAUUUGAUAUCUAAAAAACUUAAAUAUACUGAAUCUGAGAUUCUGGCAAAGUAUGAUCAAAUGAAACGAAAUAAUAAUAAUGUACCAUCUGACGAAGAUUUAGUCAAGUUUAUCGAUGAGAAUUUUGAAGAAAGUAACGAGUUAAUUAAAUGGACACCUAAAGAUUUCACCGAUAAACCAUCGAUUCUUAAUCGAAUCAAAGAUAAAACUUACAUAUAUUGGGCUAGAGCGUUGAAUAAUUUAUGGAUGACCCUAGCAAGGAAGAUAAAGGAUGACGUAAAAAUACAUCCAGAUAAGUACUCACUGGUGUGGGUACCAAAUGGGUUCAUAAUACCAGGAGGUAUAUUUAAGGAACUUUACUAUUGGGAUACUUAUUGGAUUGUUAAUGGAUUACUGCAAUGUGAUAUGAGAACCACAGCUCGCGGUAUAAUUGAAAAUAUAAUAUCAAUGGUGGAUCAGUUUGGUUUCAUGCCCAACGGUAACCGAGUUUUCUAUCUAAAUAGAUCACAGCCACCGAUGCUUAUAUUGAUGGCAUUAAGUUACUAUAAAGCAACUAAUGACUUUGACUUCAUAAAAACCAUUAUAGGUAGUUUGGAAAAUGAAUAUCUAUUUUGGUUGAAAAAUCGAAUGGUUACCUUCGAGAAAGAUGGCAAACAAUAUACAAUGGCUAGAUAUAGCUCACGGUCAAGUGGACCAAGACCCGAAUCAUACAGGAACGAUUAUAAAUUGGCAGAAAAACAUCAGAGAUCAGAAGAUAAAAAUGAAUUAUAUAUACACAUAAAGUCUGCGGCAGAAUCUGGUUGGGACUUUUCAAGUAGAUGGUUCAUAACAGUCAAUGGCACUAAUAGCGGUAAUUUAUCUGACAUACAAACGGCAAACAUUGUCCCAGUUGACUUAAACAGCAUGCUUCAUGUAAAUGCACUUACAUUGAGUACUUGGUUUGAUCAAAUGGGAGAUGAAAUAAAUUCUGCCAAAUACAGAACAAUUGCUAAUGAGUUUCUCGAAAAUAUACAAGAAGUUAUGUGGAGACCAAACAAAGGAGCUUGGUUUGAUUGGGAUUUGAUCAACAAUAAGAGUCGAGAAUAUUUUUAUGCAUCGAAUAUUGUACCUCUGUGGACGGAAAGCUAUAACAUGCCAAAAGAAAAAGUGGCCAAUGCAGUUCUGAAAUAUUUGAGUGAUCAACGUAUAAUCGAGCUUGAUUACAGUAUUAAUUACAAUGGAAUACCUACGUCAAUGUACUCAUCAUCUCAACAAUGGGAUUUCCCGAAUGCGUGGCCUCCUCUCCAAGCUUUUAUUAUACAAGGUCUGGAUAAGACUCAACAAAAAAAUGCAAAACAAGUUGCAGUGAAAUUGGCCGAGGUGUGGUUGCGCACAAAUUAUCGCGGAUUUACAAAUAACGAAUCGAUGUUCGAAAAAUAUGACGCUUUAGCCUUAGGAAUAAGUGGUGGUGGCGGCGAAUAUGCACCACAGUUAGGAUUCGGUUGGACAAAUGGUGUCGUGUUGGAAUUUUUAAAUCAAUGGGACUAUUUAUACUACAACACUUCAAAAUAUGAUAAUACAACAGACUUAUAAAAAAUAUUACAUAGGUAGAUACCUAAUAUUAUAUUAUAUAAAUAAUAUAUUAUUUUUUUUUUAAUAGUUAUAUUUAUUUUAAGUUGUAGACCUAGUACCUAGUACCUAUAUACCUAUAAGCAUUGAUUAGUAUUAGUAUUUAUAAUCAAUGCUAUAAGAGAUAAAAAUCCCUAUAUUUAUAUAUAACAAGUAGAGAGGUAUUUACUUUAAUUAAAUUAUCUAAAUAAAGCUUAAAAUCACAUUUUAAUUUAUAAAUAAACGAUACCUACUGGUAAUUUAUAAAUUAUACUGUUGUAAACAUGUAAAUGUUGUAAAUAUAAACUAUAUGAAUACAUAGCUAGAGAGCUAUAAUUUGUAUCAGUUGGAGCCUGGAGGUUUGCGUCGAACGCACUGGGCUGUCCUGAGAUCCGGACCAGGCCCGUCGAUAGAUAUUUUCCGCCCUAAAGCAAACAUUUUAAUGCCGCUAAUAUUCUUUACCGAUAUUUAUUUAAUUUUGCCGCUUUCAAUUUUUUUUAAAUUGUAUGCCACUCUAAAGCAACACAUGGCUUACUUGUGCCCUAACGACAGGCCUGAUCUGGACUGGACCUUGAUGUUUUAUAUUGUUAAAAUAAAAGAAUCGUUCAUGUACUA